UCCUUACUUUUAACAACUCAUUCCUAACCCCACACCCCCUAUGAAAACUAGAUUACACACAAAACACAAUGCUCCCCUAAAUAACCUAUUUUAUCUACUCUAUACGUUUUAUAUUAUUUGACCUUACAUACCUCUAAGAAAAAUUUUAAUUAAAGAUAUAUUUUAUUAAACUAACCUUAUUAAUAAUGUUUUACAAUUUUAAAUUUGACUAUUACUAUUGUGUGCAGAUAUUUAAUAUUGAGAGUGGUAUGAAAAAAAAAUAGAUCUCUCUUAAUUUAAAUUGACAAAUAAAAUGAAACAUAUAUUUUUCGUACAGGGGCUAAAUAAAAUAACAUGGAGGUAGUAUAUGUCGUUCUUGUAUUCAUUAUAUAUGUAGGUAUAUUUCCUAUUCUUUCUUCCUCAACCCCCACAACAAACCACACCAAUCGCGUUGUCUUCCUUUGCCUUGAUCAAGACUUCUCCCACAAUUAUUUUUCUUGUUGGAGGUUCAACACUAAUCCAACUUCUUAUACACUAUCAUCUUGAGCUCUCUUCAUAUUUUUAAAGAGUGUAGAAAAUGGCAAAUGAAAGUAUAGAAAUGGAAAAAGAGAGGCUAACAGCUGAGAUGGAUUUCAAAGAUUCAUCCUCAGUAGUUAUAAGAAUCCGGCGAAAAUUGCCGGAUUUUUUACAAUCUGUGAAGCUCAAAUAUGUUAAACUUGGUUAUGGUUAUUCAUGUAACCCGGCCACUCUUUUUCUUGUGAUUACGGUUUUGCCUAUGGUUGUCCUAACUCUUAUUCAACUGACCGGUCUAAAUUUAGACCGGUUUUAUGAUAUAUGGACAAGUGAUCCAACAUUACUUGUUGACAUCUCGACUGGUCUUACCGGUUUAAUAGUGCUCUUUUUCCUUUUAGGGAUUCACUAUGUCAAGAAACCUAGACCGGUCUAUUUGGUCGAUUUUGCUUGUUACAAAGCCGAAGAUGAACGAAAAAUGUCUGUUGACUCAUUCUUGAAGAUGACCACAGGAAAUGGCGCGUUUGAGGAUGAGACUAUCAUAUUUCAAAAAAGAAUAUCCCAACGUUCUGGAUUAGGUGACGAGACCUAUUUCCCAAGAGGAAUCACAUCCAACCCACCGAACCUGAGCAUGAAUGAAGCACGUGCAGAGGCCGAGGCAGUCAUGUUUGGUGCGUUGGACUCACUAUUUAGCAAAACAAAAGUCAAGCCAGAGGAAAUUGGAAUUCUCAUAGUGAAUUGUAGCUUGUUUAAUCCAACACCAUCUCUCUCCUCAAUGAUUGUCAACCACUACAAGCUCAAGACUGACAUCAAGAGUUACAAUUUGGGUGGAAUGGGCUGUAGUGCUGGCCUAAUUUCAAUUGACUUAGCCAAACAUCUAUUAAAAGCAAAUCCAAAUUCAUAUGCAGUGGUAGUUAGCAUGGAAAACAUCACAUUAAACUGGUACUUUGGAAAUGAUAGGUCAAUGUUGCUAUGCAAUUGCAUAUUCCGUAUGGGUGGAGCAGCCAUGCUUUUGUCUAACAAGUCAAAAGACAGAACCCGGUCCAAAUACGAGCUUGUUCACACGGUUCGAACUCAUAAAGGAGCAGAUGACAAUAGCUACAACUGUGUGUACCAAAGAGAAGACGACAAAGGAAUCAUAGGGGUGUCACUAGCUCGUGAACUUAUGGCUGUAGCUGGUGAUGCUCUCAAAACGAACAUCACAACGCUAGGGCCUUUGGUGUUACCGUUUACGGAACAAUUCAGGUUCUUCAUUACAUUGGUAAAGAGGAAAGUCCUGAAAGCUAAGGUGAAGCCUUACAUUCCGGAUUUCAAGCUAGCAUUCGAGCAUUUCUGCAUACACGCCGGAGGAAGGGCAGUGUUAGAUGAAAUACAAAACAACUUGAGCCUAAGCGAUUGGCACAUGGAGCCGUCAAGAAUGACACUGCACAGGUUUGGUAACACGUCGAGCAGUUCGUUAUGGUACGAGUUAGCCUACACAGAAUCAAAAGGAAGGGUGAGCAAAGGACAUAGAGUCUGGCAAAUAGCAUUUGGUUCAGGUUUCAAAUGUAACAGUGCAGUGUGGAAAUCACUUAGAGCUAUUGAUAGUAAUGAAGUGAAUGCAAAUGGGAACCCUUGGGCUGAUUGCAUUCAACGUUAUCCUGUGAAAGUUGCCCUUGCCAAGCCAUAGAGGAUUAGGCAAUACUCCUUCAUCCGCGUCCCAAUUUAUGUGUCAUUGUUUUUGAAUUUCGAGUGUCAACUUACUUUUUCAUAUGACUUUCAAAUAUUUUAAAUGUGAAUUACAGUACUUUUUA